AAGCAGACAACUUACAUUUGUUUUUGGUUUCUUCUCUGCGCCAUCCCCGACUCUCUCCAUUUCUCACACCCAGCUGGGUUUCGCUCUCCAAUGGAGCAAGGUUCUGGGUUUGCCACUUCCUCCCCCGCUUCUCAGCUUUCGGGAGCGUACCUCACAAGGAAUUUACUACUUGCAUACCAAAGUUUUGGAGUAGUGUAUGGAGAUUUGAGUACUUCGCCCCUCUAUGUUUACUCGAGUACGUUUGCAGGGAAGUUACUGACACAUCGAACUGAGGAAGUAGUAUUUGGUGCAUUUUCCUUGAUCUUCUGGACUCUUACACUGAUACCAUUGUUGAAGUAUGUCUUCAUUGUAUUGAGCGCAGAUGACAAUGGUGAAGGAGGAACCUUUGCUCUUUACUCCCUUCUCUGUCGACAUGCUAAGUUGAGUUUACUUCCUAACCAACAAGCAGCUGAUGAGGAGCUCUCAGCUUACAAAUAUGGACCAUCUUCUCACGUAGUAGCCCCUUCUCCACUAAAAAGGUUUUUGGAAAGGCAUAAAACACUUAGGAUGGUCUUACUUCUUGUCGUAUUAUUUGGUGCUUGCAUGGUCAUUGGUGAUGGUGUGCUGACUCCUGCAAUUUCAGUUCUAUCCUCAGUUUCAGGUUUAAAAGUUACUGAAGCAAAAUUGUCCAAUGGGACACUCCUUUUGAUUGCUUGUGUCAUAUUGGUUGGUCUGUUUGCCCUGCAGCACUGUGGCACCCAUAAGGUUGCGUUUAUGUUUGCUCCAAUAGUUAUCAUCUGGUUGUUGUCAAUUUUCUCCAUUGGUUUGUACAACAUAAUACGUUGGAACCCAAGUAUUGUACGCGCAAUUUCCCCUCAUUAUGUUAUCAAGUUCUUAAGAGUCACCGGUAAAGACGGUUGGCUUUCUCUUGGAGGGGUUCUUCUGGCCAUAACUGGUACUGAAGCUAUGUUUGCAGAUCUUGGUCAUUUCACUGCUUUGUCUAUAAGGCUUGCUUUUGUAUUCAUUAUCUACCCUUGUUUGGUAGUACAAUACAUGGGUCAAGCUGCCUUUCUGUCUAAGAACCUUCAUUUGUUUCCAAACAGUUUUUAUGACUCGAUACCUGAACCUGUAUUUUGGCCUGUUUUUAUCAUUGCUACCCUGGCGGCUAUUGUGGGGAGCCAAGCUGUGAUUACUGCUACGUUCUCUAUUGUCAAACAAUGCCAUGCCCUUGGUUGCUUUCCAAGAGUGAAAGUUGUCCACACCUCUAAACACAUAUAUGGGCAGAUCUACAUCCCAGAAAUAAACUGGAUAUUAAUGAUCCUUACUCUUUCCAUUACGAUCGGGUUUCAAGAUACGACAAUGAUUGGAAAUGCUUACGGACUCGCUUGCAUGACAGUUAUGUUCACGACGACAUUUCUUAUGGCACUCGUCAUUGUAUUUGUUUGGCAAAAAAGUAUCCUGCUGGCUGCACCUUUCAUCAUCUUCUUCUGGUCUGUCGAGGCUGCCUACUUAUCAGCAGCAAUCAUAAAAGUGCCUCAAGGAGGGUGGGUUCCGCUUGUGCUGUCAGCGUUUUUUAUGAUUGUUAUGUUCGUCUGGCAUUAUGGCACUCGCAAGAAGUACAACUUUGAUCUACACAAUAAAGUCUCACUGAAGUGGUUGCUUGGACUAGGCCCGAGUCUUGGUAUAGUUCGCGUCCCGGGAAUUGGUCUCAUAUACUCGGAAUUGGCAACAGGAGUUCCUGCAAUAUUUUCCCACUUUGUGACGAAUCUCCCUGCGUUUCACAAAGUUUUAGUCUUCGUGUGCGUAAAGUCUGUUCCUGUUCCGUAUGUCUCACCCGAAGAACGUUUUCUCAUUGGGAGGGUCUGUCCUAGACCGUAUCGCAUGUAUCGAUGCAUAGUGAGGUAUGGCUACAAGGAUAUUCAGAAGGAUGAUGGAGACUUUGAGAACCAGUUGAUACUAAACAUUGCAGAAUUCAUACAAAUGGAGGCAGAGGAACCACAAUUCUCAAGCUCCGAAAACUCUUCAAUCGAUGGGAGGAUGGCCGUGAUAAGCACACGAAGCAUACAAUCGAACUUGAGCUUCAUAGUAUCGGGGCACGAAGAAGUUGGUACCAGCAACUCCAUCCACAGCAGCAAAUCUGCCACACUCCAUAGUUUACGAUCCGCCUACGAGGAUGAGAACCCACAACUAAGAAGACGCCAGGUACAGUUUCAGUUAUCUCCCAGCCCUUCAAUAGACCCUAGAGUUAGGGAAGAGUUGAUGGACUUGAUCCAAGCCAAGGAGGCCGGUGUAGCAUAUAUAAUGGGACACUCAUACGUCAAGGCUAGAAGAUCGUCGUCAUACUUGAAAAAGCUCGUAAUAGAUAUCGGUUACUCAUUCCUCCGAAAGAACUGUCGAGGCCCGUCUGUGGCGCUCAACAUCCCUCACAUCAGUCUAAUUGAAGUGGGGAUGAUCUAUUAUGUCUAGUACUGUGAAGAACCCCAUAUAUUCUGAUUGUUCCAAAUAGACGUUGUCGGUUUGAUCCCCAUCCCCGACGACGACAUCUGCAACGUCUUUGCAGCAGUCGAACAACAUGAUUCAGAUAUGUAGAUAGAUUGAAGGACUCAAUAUUACCUUUCCAAAUGCCUUAUCCUACUGAAGAGGGAAAGGGUAAAACUCAACAUGUGGGUGAGUGGCUCGCUCACUUGCAAACAAGAGGAAGGGCUUGGACUCCCUUUUCAUAUCUUCUUCUGUAAUGUCUUAUAGGAUCAACCAAACCAUUCAUAGUUGAAGAAGCUUUUGAGCAUUGCCCAUAUUAUUAAUACUUAAGAAACUGUUUUCUUGUA